AGCACGAUUAACCUCCGGGUCGUGUAUAAGACGCGGGAAAGUCACUUAGCUACAGGACGUUGUGCCGUUCGGACCUAUGAUGUUCGGGGUUGUGACAGUCGGAGUCGUGAUUGUCGUGGCGGCCGCCGCCGUGGCUGACGCCCAGCACUACUCGAGCCGCUGGGACAAUGUCCAGGUGGAGCCGAUUCUCAAGAACGAGCGGCUCUUGAAGACCUAUUUCCGGUGCGUCAUGGAUGAGGGGAAGUGCUCGCCGGAUGCGGCAGAGCUCAAGAAGAAUAUUCCGGACGCGCUGGAGAACGAAUGCGCCAAGUGCACGGAGAAGCAGAGGGAGAAUGUUGAGAAGGUGAUGAAAUUCAUAUUCAACAAGAAGCCGGACAUGUUCAAACAACUGGAAGCCAAAUAUGACCCAAAGGGGGUCUACAGGUCCAAGUACCAGGACAGGAACAAGGAGAAUGAGAGGCCUGCAAAUACAGAAGUCAAACCAGAAGAAACCAAAACAAACUGAUCCUCCAUUUUGGUUACAUAUGCUAUAUUCACCAAGUGUACUGAUGUAAUUAAAAUAUGACACUCUGGG